AUGACCACCAUUGCCUCACCCCUAUUGGCUGGGGCCCAGGCGAAUCACCAGUCGACUGGCACCUUCAGGCCUGUUUCGGAAGAGGAGCAGGCUUUGCGGACUAAACUCGAGCGACUGAGCACCAGCGACCAUGGCCCCGUGUUUGGGAAGCAUGAGAAGAUCCCUGAACACACCCUGCAGAAGGCUAAAGAUGAAUUGAACGAGACCUCAGAGAAACGUGAAUUAGCAAUCAAAGAGCUUCGGGAGCUUAUCCAGGAGAAAGCUAAAGAUGGAGAUGACAUUUGCAAAACGGUUGCUGAUAAAAUGCAGGAGAAGGAAGACGCUUUCCUCCUCCGUUUCAUACGUGCCCGCAAGUUUGAUCUCAACAGAGCGUAUGAUUUGAUUAAAGGUUACGUCAACUUCCGUCAGCAGUAUCCAGAACUCUUCGAAAACCUGGUACCCGAGGCAGUACGGAGUACCAUUGAGGCUGGCUACCCUGGCAUUUUGUGCAACAGGGAUAAAUAUGGUCGGGUGGUAUUGCUGUUCAACAUAGAGAACUGGGAUUAUGAAGAGAUCACGUUUGACGAGGUUGGUAUUUGUUCGGUAAAGGCAUUCAUCUUUUUGUAAGCUUUUUCUAAGCCUUUAACCAUCAUAGUUUCUCUUCUGACCUAGGCUUCCCCAAAAAGCCCGAAUCAGAUUCC